UAUCAGUGUUAUUUUGAGUUCAAACUUGAAAAAAGUUAAAAAUUAAAAUCAUGCUAACACCGGGGUCUACAUUCUCAUCACACUCCCAACCCUACCAACGCUUUUUCUACUGAAUCAUCACUUUAAACUCACUUUCUCUCGGUUACUAACUAGUUUCAUUUCCACCCUUUCAAGUUUGAACUUCAAAGUUCAAAACUUUGUGGAAAAUGAAAAUGGGAAAUGUACCAUGGAUUUCCUUGGUGGUUUUGAUGACAGUACUCAUCCCUUCCUCUCUUGCACUCCCCCAGGAUGGUCUAACGUUGUUGGAAAUCAAAAGCACUUUGAAUGAUACUAAGAAUGUUCUGAGCAACUGGCAAGAGUUUGAUGAGUCUCCUUGUGCAUGGACUGGUAUUUCUUGUUAUCCUGGUGAACAAAGAGUUCGCUCAAUAAAUCUGCCAUUCAUGCAACUUGGAGGGAUUAUUUCUCCCAGCAUUGGUAAACUCAGUAGACUACAGAGAUUGGCACUUCAUCAGAACAGCUUGCACGGAACCAUUCCUAAUGAACUCACCAAUUGUUCUGAGCUAAGGGCGCUGUACUUGAGGGGUAAUUAUUUCCAAGGAGGCAUACCAUCAAAUAUUGGAAAUCUUUCAUACUUGAAUAUAUUGGAUUUGUCAAGCAACUCAUUAAAAGGUGCUAUACCUUCCUCUAUUGGCCGUCUCUCACAUUUGCAAAUUCUGAACUUGUCUACCAAUUUCUUUUCCGGAGAAAUUCCUGAUAUUGGAGUAUUAAGCACCUUUGACAAGAAUGCGUUUAUUGGCAAUUUAGAUCUUUGUGGGCGGCAAGUCCAAAAGCCAUGUAGAACAUCCUUUGGUUUCCCUGUGGUGCUGCCACAUGCUGAAAGUGAUGAAGCUGCUGUCCCUGCCAAAAGGUCUACUUCACAUUACAUGAAGUGGGUGCUAAUUGGUGCAAUGGCAACUACGGGUCUUGCACUUGUCAUGAUUCUUUCAUUUCUCUGGACCCGUAUGUUAUCAAAGAAGGAACGAGCCGCGAAGAGAUACACAGAAGUCAAGAAACAAGUUGAUCCAGAAGCAAGCACAAAACUUAUUACCUUUCAUGGUGAUCUGCCAUACACAUCAUCUGAGAUCAUAGAGAAGCUGGAGUCUCUUGAUGAAGAGGAUAUAGUAGGAUCAGGAGGAUUUGGUACUGUUUACCGAAUGUUGAUGAAUGAUUGUGGUACAUUUGCUGUUAAACGUAUUGAUCGAAGUUUCGAGGGCUCUGAUCAAGUGUUUGAAAGGGAACUAGAGAUCUUGGGAAGCAUCCAGCACAUAAAUUUAGUAAAUCUGCGUGGUUACUGCAGGCUUCCUUCGUCCAGGCUCCUUAUCUUUGAUCAUUUGGCCUUAGGCAGCUUAGAUGAUCUCUUGCAUGAAAAUACUGAACAACGGCGACGACUGAAUUGGACUGAUCGCCUAAAGAUAGCUCUUGGUUCUGCCCGGGGUUUGGCAUACUUGCACCAUGAAUGCAUUCCAAAAAUUAUUCAUCGUAACAUAAAGUCCAGCAACAUCCUCCUUGAUGAAAACAUGGAGCCACAUAUUUCUGAUUUUGGUCUUGGAAAGCUUUUGGUUGAUGAAGAGGCACAUGUUACCACAGUGGUUGCUGGUACAUUUGGUUAUUUGGCACCAGAGUAUCUACAAAGUGGGAGAGCAACUGAGAAGUCAGAUGUAUAUAGCUUUGGAGUUCUGUUACUGGAACUUGUAACCGGAAAGAGGCCUACGGAUCCUUCCUUUGUGAAAAGAGGUUUAAAUGUUGUUGGUUGGAUGAACACAUUAGUGAGAGAAAACAGAUUGGAAGAUGUGGUAGACAAAAGAUGCAAUGAUGCAGAUGCAGGAACUCUUGAAGUGAUUCUUGAGCUGGCAGCAAGAUGCACCGAUGGAAAUGCAGAUGAUCGUCCAUCAAUGAACCAGGUGUUACAGUUGUUGGAACAAGAGGUCAUGUCUCCUUGCCCAAGCGAGUUUUAUGAGUCUCAUUCAGACCACUAAAUGACAAAAGUAAUGAUGCUAUCCUGGAUGUCAUUGCUAGUUCCACUGCACCUUUUCUGUGUGUUCCUUUCACUUUGUAGAUUGUUUUGUAGCAAAGGUGCUACAACCCCAACCCCUUGUGAAUAGAUUUCUCAUUUAUCUUACGAACCACUUCUUGUCCCCUUCAACAAGUAACGGGACAACUUGGAUAUUGCAGUGGGUUUUUGUAUUUGGAAUGGCCUCCAUUCUAGCUAUGAAAUGUUACAACUCUUAGAUUUUCUUCAAC